AUGGCGACUGGCGGGAAGGUUGAUAUCUCUCAACUUCGUAACCUUGUUCGACAAUAUAUAGACAUGCAUUUGUACAAAACGGCUUUAUUUUGGGCAGAUAAAGCUGUAUCCCUGUCUAAUGGAGACAUCCAAGAUGUUUACUGGCUUGCCCAAACUUUAUUUCUUACUGCUCAAUUCCAUCGAGCUUCGCACGUUUUAAGGAGCCGAGGAGGUGUUCUUCAAACGAGCCUCGCUUGCCGCUAUCUGGCUGCCAAGUGCCAUGCAGAAUGUAAGCAGUGGAAAGAAGCUCUGGAAGUCCUGGAUAUGGAGCAAAAAGAGCCGGCAGACAAGGAUCUAGCGGAGAUUUGCUUUGUCGGUGGAACGAAAAAGCUCGAAAGUGCAGUUUGUUUGUUGAAAGGAGUCGUGUAUGAAGCUAUGGAUAACCGAGCUUUAGCCACAGAUUGUUUCAAAGAUGCGCUCAAAAAUGACGUGCAUUGUUUUGAAGCGUUUGAUCUGCUUGUUUCUCAUCACAUGCUGACCGAUAAGGAGGAACGAGAGUUGCUGUCUUGCCUGCCUUUCUCAGAGCAAUGCAUGCCUGAAGAGGUUGAUUUGUUGAAGUUCUUGUACGAAGGCAAGGUGAAGAGGUACUGCAAACCUGUUGACCCAAAGCUGCCUCCUGGUUUGGAAACCCUGUACGACAACCUGGAUGUAGUUGCUGGAAUGGCUGAGCGGCACUUUUACAACUGCAGUUACUAUCAGUCAUACAAGAUGACAUCUGCUGUCCUGACGUCUGAUCCUUAUCAUGAGGCUUGCUUGCCCAUUCAUAUCACCUGCCUGGUAGAACUGAAGAAAACGAAUGAGCUAUUCUACCUUGGACAUAAGCUUGUUGAUAACUAUCCUCAAAAGGCUGUCGCUUGGUAUGCAGUUGGCUGUUAUUACUAUGUCAUUGAAAAGUAUGAGCAGGCUAGGAGGUACUUUAGCAAAGCUACCAGUAUAGAACGAGUUUAUGGACCAGCAUGGCUUGCAUUUGGGCAUGCUUUUGCAGCAGAAGGAGAGCAUGAUCAAGCAAUGGCAGCUUACUUUGCAGCUUCUAAGCUAAUGCCAAGAUGCCAUCUGCCUCUUCUCUACAUUGGCCUGGAGUAUGGAAAAACCAAUAAUGCAAAACUGGCUGAGAGAUUUUUUGAACAGGCUUUAAUUCUUUCACCAGAUGAUCCUUUUGUGAAGCAAGAGAUGGGCGUGAUUGCCUUUCAAAAUGGAGAUUAUCUUUCAGCAGAAAAGAACUUCAAGGCAGCUCUCCAGAAAGCACAGAUCACUAGCGGGGAAGUUCUCUCAGAAACUUGGGAGACACUGCUCAGUAACCUUGGCCAUGCCUGCCGCAAGCUAGGGAGAUACCAAGAAGCAUUACGAUACCACAAGCAAGCACUUGUUCUUGUUCCAAACAAGGCUUCCACUUUCUCUGCCCUUGGCUUUGUCAAUAGCCUCUUAGGAAAUCACCAUGAAGCAAUAGGCUAUUUCCAUAAGGCACUUGGUAUUCAACGAGAGGAUACUUUUAGUGUUCACAUGCUAGGUGAAACUCUUGAACAGCUAACAAUUGAGGUCAACACAAAAGUGAAAGAAGACAAUGAUAUUAGGAUGGAAAUGGAUAACAGAUCUGAUGAGGAAAGUGACUGA